CGCCUGGGGAGCGUUGGACGGCUGAAGGCCGAUUGCGCCAGACAGACACACAGGAGAGUUCCCUCUUUCAACACUGCCAUGUUCAACAUGAGGCUUUAUUGACUGAUGAACACCAGUGCCUUUUUUGGACAUUGAUGACAGGUACCUGCUGGGACGACCUGUGAAAGAGCAUUAGCUUCCCACCAGUCUGGAAGCUCUGCAUUGGCGUUGAUCUAAGCUCUGCCAGGGUAGGUGGUUGAGUCUUCGUGGGGUUGGUCUGACGCCCUUGUCGCCUGCCGGCUCAGCAUCCGCCGAUCUCAACAGCUUCCAUCUCAACACGCACCACAGCUUCGCAAGCUUCUUCCAUCGCAUUGUUGCAACAGUCCCAGUUCGCAUCAAAUCUCUGAGUUUCUACUUCAUCACGGCCCGAGCUGGCCUACCUCCGCCAUCAUGGCAUCCAAAAUACCACGGGCGCUAGCCUUGCUGCUAUCGCUGUCAUGCGCUGUCUCGGCCGCCAGCAACUACUCGUCCAUCGACAUGCUGCGAGUCCAGGCAGCACUGAUGGAGGGACGUCCAAAAGACUGUCCACCAUGCUUCAACUGCAACCUCCCAGCCCAUUCGUGCGGUCAGUUCGCUCCUUGUAGCGAAUACAGCGGCAAAUGCAAUUGCCCUGAUGGCUUUGGCGGUGACAAUUGUCUUGAACCAUUAUGCGGCUCUCUCUCCAGAGGACCUGAUCGACCGAAACGGGAGGGCAAGUCCUGCCAGUGUGAUGAUGGAUGGACCGGCAUCAACUGCAAUGUGUGCACCAACGAUAGAGCCUGCGACGCCAUGACCGAGACUGGUGAUGGUGGUGUUUGUUAUACCGGCGGUGAGAUUGUGAAGGAGAACUUCCAGAUGUGUGAUGUUACCAAUAAGGCUAUUCGUAGCCUGUUGGGCGCCCAGAUCCCCCAGGUCACCUUCAACUGCAAAAAGGAGACGAAGCUGUGUGAUUUCCAAUUUUGGGUUGAUCAGAAGGAGUCUUUUAUGUGCCAUCUCGAAGAAUGCGAUUCGACCGCCGACUAUGACCUCUCGGGAACGAAGAACUCGACUUCCUACAAGUGCGAAAAGAUCAAGUGCGAGUGUAUCCCCGACCGUAUGCUCUGUGGCGAGAAUGGCUCUGUGGACAUCAGCGAUUUCCUGGUCAACUUGAUCAAGGGCCCUGCCAAGUUCGAGUGUGUGCAACGACCGGGCGAGGACAAGAAGUGCUCUUUCCAAGAGCCCGAGAUGAACAACCUGAUCAGCGAUAUUUUUGGUGACUCGAGCAUUCUUCUCAGCUGCGGCGCCGGCGAAUGUCUCUACCACACAGAAGUCCCCGGUUAUGCCCCCCAGGUCCCCAAGAUCAACACGCCAUUGAUUGCUGGAGUCAUUGCAGGAUGCGCACUCUUCUUGGUGGGUGUCAUUCUCCUGACAUGGUACUUGUCCAGAAGGCAGUUCAAGUAUGGGCCUAUCCAUCUGGACGAUUCAGAUGACGAAGCCAUCAAGCUCAUGGCAGACCACAAGCCGGCCUCCCUUUACUUCCAGAACGUGUUCUACAACCUGAACGGAAAGCAUAUUCUUUCGGGCAUCCAGGGCAUGGCUCAUCCCGGAGAGAUCACGGCGAUCAUGGGAGCUUCGGGUGCUGGAAAGACCACCUUUUUGGACAUCUUGGCCCGCAAGAACAAGCGUGGCCAGGUUUCUGGUGACUUUUAUGUCAAUGGUGAAAAGGUCAGCGAUGUGGACUACAAGAACGCUGUGGGAUUUGUUGAUCAGGAAGAUACCAUGUUGCCCACUCUCACGGUUCACGAGACCAUCAUGACCAGCGCACUUCUUCGCCUGCCAAGGGACAUGGGAAGGGCCGCAAAGGAACAGAGAGUCGUCGAGGUCGAAAAGCAGUUGGGUAUUCACCACAUUCGAGACUCGUUGAUCGGUUCCGAGGAGGGCAAGGGUCGGGGUAUUUCGGGCGGAGAGAAGCGCCGUGUCAGCAUUGCCUGCGAGUUGGUCACCAGCCCGUCCAUCCUCUUCCUCGAUGAGCCUACCAGUGGUCUUGACGCUUACAACGCCUACAACGUCAUCGAAUGUUUGGUCACAUUGGCAAAGACGUACAAGCGGACAGUCAUCUUCACGAUCCACCAGCCUAGAUCCAACAUCGUUGCCCUGUUUGACCGCCUCAUUCUGCUCGCUCAAGGCAAGACCGUCUACUCUGGACCCCUGCACCUGUGCCAGGAGUACUUCGAUCAGAUCGGUUACAGCUGCCCUCCCGGUUUCAACAUCGCCGACUAUUUGGUCGACCUGACGAUGCAUGCUUCCUCCACCACUUCCUACGACGACGGUGCCCUGUCUACUGAUGGUGGUAGCAUCGGCCCCAGCAGCACCCGGGCUGUCAAAUCGGUCGCUAGUAUCUCUGGUAACAGUGUUGGUGACGAGAGUACAGUUACGGCUGGCUCAUCACGUCCCAGAGGCCCGCGUCGGGAUUCCGUGAGGUUGAGGCAGGAGCGGGAGCUCUACACUCGGCGCAAGCAAGCAGCUGAUACUGCUGCUUUUUCGGACGCCGGGGACGAGAUUGGAGCGUACAAGGUUCAACGCCAGGCACCCGGCCAACAACCAACCCCAAUCGCGGAAGAUCCUGAUGAUUUACCUCCUCCCGCCACCACUGGAACCGAUCUGGACAUUCUCGUUCACUCUUAUAUCCAGUCAGAUAUCGCUGGCAAUACGCAUGACCAAAUCGAGCAGGCUGUUGCGGCAGCGACUGCCAGAAACGGCCAAAACGCCAAUGGGUAUGUGGCAGAUGGACCCAACAUCAACCUUGGUGCGAUGGGCAGAGGAUAUACUCGCAUCGGAUAUUGGCGACAGUUUGUUCUUUUGUCCCAGCGUACCUGGAGAAACCUCUACCGGAACCCCAUGUUGAUGUUGACCCACUACGCCAUCGCCAUCCUCCUCGCCGUUUUCGCUGGCUAUCUGUUCUACGGCCUGACGAUGGAUAUUGCUGGCUUCCAAAACAGACUCGGUCUUUUCUUCUUCGUCCUCGCCCUGUUCGGCUUCAGCACCCUGACCAGCUUGUCCGUGUUCUCCCAGGAGCGGCUUCUCUUUGUCCGUGAGAGAGCAAAUGGAUACUAUUCACCCAUCACCUACUUUGCGGCCAAGGUUCUUUUCGACAUCAUCCCUCUCAGAAUUAUCCCACCAAUUCUGCUAGGUGCGAUUGUCUACCCAAUGACUGGCCUCGUUGCCGAGCCAGCCAAGUUUUUGGUGUUCAUGCUGGUCCUGGUGCUUUUCAACUUUGCUGCAGCAGGCAUUUGUCUGUUCAUCGGCAUUGUCUGCAAGGACCAUGGCGUUGCGAACCUGAUUGGCAGCUUGGUCAUGUUAUUCAGCUUGCUUUUUGCCGGUCUGCUGCUGAAUCACAACGCAAUUCCACCAGCAGCUCUCUGGCUCCAGUGGCUGUCAAUCUUCCACUAUGGCUUCGAGGCGCUGAUCGUGAACGAGGUCGCUGGGCUCACUCUUAUCGACCACAAGAUUGGUAUCGAUAUUACCGUGCCUGGUGCCGCCAUUCUCAGCUCGUUCGGUUUCGAUAACCUGGCCAUGUGGAUGGACAUCAUCAAUCUUGGUGUAUUUGGUGUUGUGUUCAUCAUUCUGGCUUACGCCGCUAUGCAUCUUCUUUUGGUCGAGAGGAGAUAG